AUGCACAUUCUGUCGCAGGUCAUCCUCCGGUCACUGGCAGGUCUUGCCGCCGCUCAGGACCGCCUCUUCUCUUCUGCCUUUGGCUAUCCCGGACGCAAUGCGAGCUACGACUACGUCGUCGUCGGUGGAGGCACCUCGGGCCUCACUCUCGCGUCUCGCCUUGCCGCAACCUCGGCCUCGGUGGCCGUCGUCGAGGCUGGCGGAUUCUACGAGGUAGAGAAUGGCAACAACAGCGUCGUGCCGCUCUACUCGCUGACGGGCAUUGCCUUCAUCGACCCCUCGCCGGGCUUCACCCCGCAGCCCUUGAUGGACUGGUCACUCAUCUCCGAGCCCAUCCCCGGCGCCGGCGGUCGUCAGGUCCACUACGCCCAGGCUAAGACGCUGGGCGGAUCUUCGUCGAUCAACACCAUGUCAUACAUUCGCCCGACCAGGGGCUCCUACGACCGCUGGGCCGAUAUUGUCGGCGACAACUCGUUCCGAUGGGAUAAUAUGCUGCAGUAUUUCAAGCGCUCUGUCGACUUGACGCCCCCGAACGAGGAAAAGCGCAGCAACACCAACGCCACGGUGCUGUUCGACCCCAGCGACUACGACGAAGAGGGCGGCCCGCUCCAGGUCUCGUGGAACAACUGGGUCGACCCAACGCUCACUUGGCUCGCCCAGGUCCUCCUAAGCCUCGGACUGACCAUCAGUCCUAAGGGCUUUAGCAGCGGCGAGCUCGUCGGCCAUGGCGCAUGGGUGCCGUCCACUAUUGAGCCGGAAAAGGCGCAACGUUCAACUAGCGAGAGCAGCUUCCUGCGACAAGCGAUCAAGGACACCGGAAUCAUCGUUUACUCCCAUUCUCUAGCGACCAAGAUCCUGUUCAACGGCACGCAGGCGGUUGGUGUGAGUGUCAACACGCGAGGGGUUGAGUAUACCCUCUCGGCCACCAAGGAAGUCAUCCUCACGGCCGGCACGUUCCACUCGCCGCAGCUGCUCCAGGUCUCUGGCAUCGGUGCCCGCGAGCACCUGGAAUCUCUGUCUAUCCCCGUCGUCGCAGACAUCCCUGGCGUGGGACAGAACCUCCAGGACCCCACUCUGAUGUCCGUCACAUACCCCAUCAGCACGCCCUCGGCCCAGUCGCUUACCAACGACCCGGCCCUCAACCCUGGCUUCGUCAACGAGUACCUCAAGUCGGGCACCGGCCCCUACAGCUCCGCGGCCGGCUUCCUGGCCCACGAGCGCCUCCCCAACUCGACCCUGGCCACGCUCAGCGAGGACACGCGGGAGAAGCUCGCCUCCCUGCCGCCCGACUCCCCACAGCUCUCCUUCGUCGCGGGCGCCUACUCGAGCGGCCCGGGCCAGACACGAGGGAGCCUCUCUGCCUGCAUGCCCCUCGUCUUCUCCCGUGGGAACGUCACCAUCGCCUCGGCCUCCGUGAAUGAACCGCCGCAGAUCUACCUGAACUGGCUCUCAGAUCUCGCAGACGUCGAGGUGGCUGUUGCGGCCGUCAAGCGCCUGCGCGCCGCGUGGUCGUCGCCCUUCGCCAACACCCCGGGCUUCAAGAUCGGGCCCGAGGCGACCCCCGGUGACGCUGUGCAGACAGACGAUGAGAUUCUCGAGUAUAUCAGAGCCCAUACCAACCAGAUCUGGCACCCGGUCUCGACUGCGGCCAUGGGCAAGGAAGAGGAUGUUGCGUCCGGUAAGGCCGUGGUCGACAGCCGCGGGCGCGUAUUUGGAGUCCAGGGGCUAAGGGCCGCGGACGCAAGUGCCUUUCCUUUCGCUCUGCCUGGGCAUCCACAGUCUGCCGUGUAUGCGCUGGCGGAGAAGAUUGCAGAUGAUAUAAUUACUGGACGUUGA